AAUAUGGUCCUUGAAAAACAAACAGAGCUUUGCCAAUGACAAGAUCGCUAAAUCAUGUGCUUUCUAAACUUUUCAAGGCAAUUUUUGUCUCAAAUACUUCAACAUAAUAUUAUUCAAGGGUACACUGGUGUUGUUAGAGGUGCAUGUUUAAUUUCAAAAGCGCGGCGGAGCACACAGUUCUUGUGUCGGGGUUACACAUGCCUUUCCUCUCAACAGUCCUUUUUACACCUUUCUACAUUUCAAAACUGUAUGGGGAGAUAUUUCUUCUCAGAGUUACAUCGUAAAGACACCAUUUCACAGUGGAACAGCACUGAAAAGUCUCGGACACAACAGGAUGGUUAUGAAAUUGAGAGUGACUCAAGCCACAGAAAACUGCAGGAGAAAUUUAACAUCGACGUGUUAGUGUCUCUGCUCCGUCAGGAGAAUGCAGCAGACAUCUGUGUCAUCAAGGUGCCAGAAGAUAUCCAGUACGCUGACUACUUUAUCGUUGUCAGCGGUUCAUCGACCAGGCACCUCCGUGCUAUGGCCCUCUAUGCAAUUAAAGUGUACAAAUACAUGAAAAAGGACUGUGAGCCUAAUGCAAAGAUCGAAGGACAGGAUGCAGAAGACUGGAUGUGCAUUGACUUUGGAAGCAUGGUAGUCCACUUCAUGCUGCCAGAGACUAGAGGGGUCUAUGAACUGGAGAAGCUGUGGACCCUACGUUCCUUUGAUGAAAAGCUGAGCAACAUCCCAGUAGAGACUCUCCCAGAGGACUUCAUUUAUGCAGCCGAUUUCAAUGUCACUAAGUGACUCAAUCAUUAAAGAACUCUGUUGGGACUGUUUUGUUGUUCAUAGAAUAUAUGCAACGGUCAAGUGUAUAUCUGAAAUUGCACCCCCUAUGUUGGUCAAAAGUAGGGCCCUUUGAAGGGGAUAUGGUGUAAUUUAGGAAUUAUACUGUAAAAAAAAUAAAAUACUUUUGUAAAUAG